AUGACUGAUGUUGAUUUAGUCACCGCCAGAGAGUCCCUUACUGAUGCUGUUUUAACUGCCCGUGACCCUACGGAUGCUGGCUUCAUUUCUACAACCACUGAAGCGGACGAACUUACGGCCAAGGAUUCUUCUUCUCGUACUGAAGUAACUGCUGCUUGUGAUAAGACCAGUUCCUGUGCCUGCACUCGUGAACCGAACAGAGCUUUGAGAAGGGAUUGCUUGUUGUACUACAUGGUCUUUUCGAAUCUUUUAACUGGAAUCGAAGUUAGAUGGGCUCGGCAUGGUACUUAUACCUCAAAUGAAAUUUAUCGGCUGCUGGUGUGUUGAUUUUUAAAACAUUUUUGUAUGGGUGCGGGGAUAAGAGGUGGAGUGGGCUUAAUAUUGUAGUUGGGAAGUUUUUAAAAGGUAUUGUAAAUAGCUGAUAACUUAUGUUUCUUUUUCAAUGUUAGUGUUAUAAUGUUACGGUCAAAUUAUCGUUAAUAUUGUAAAUCAAAGAGGCGACACGCGAAAAGCAGUCUCUAACGCAACGCCGAUGCCUAAAGGCCGCGAUAUGACUCUUUCAAAAGAGAGAGAGAAAUUCGGACCUUAGGGAGCGAUCAGGUGUGUCUUGCGUUUAUAUAUUUUAUGUAAUACAGUAACCUUUUAAAUACUUUUCUUAUAAAUAAAUCUUAACAAAAUAAUAAAAAUAAUUAUCACUCGGACUGUAUAAUGUAAGGUAUUAGGCGUACAGGGAAUAGGUCUAGCGGGUCCGAUGCGAACAGAUCGGGGUAGCAUGGGAUUCUUAUGGUAAAGUAGGAAGGAAGGAAAUAACCCAAACACAUAACCCUAACAAUUCUACUUUAUCAAAAAUAUUUUAAAAAAUUAAUUAAAUUUUGGUUUCAGCUCUCAUCAAACAGGAUUCUUAAACAUCUUGUAAACCAUGCCGUUAGUUUUUGCUAUUUCAGUGAGGGAUGGCUUACAUUCAGCGGCAGUGGGAUUCGUUUUUUCACUCAAAGACCCGGAAGAUUUGUCAUCUUGUGGGCACUUGUUGACCGAUUGAGAAACGUUGUUUUUGAUGUUUACGUGCUAUCGACCGAACAGACACCAAUUCAGACAUAUUUGAUUGAAAUGAUCUACAAGGCUUAUCGUAAGUUUGACAUAAAAAUAUAUUAAUUUUUGUAUUGGGUUGUACAAAAAUUAAUGAGCUACUGAACACCAAACUAGAAAAAUAGAUGGUAACUUUCUAGUUUUUUGAAUUUAAAUUUUAAAAACUACUUUUUGCUUAUUAGUUUACCGAUGAACCUUUAUUUUUAGGGCUGAAAGUUCAACUGCGUAUUCCUCCUGAACGUCAGAGCCGCGUGAUUCAGCAAGUUUUGGCAGACUUAAAAAUGGACGUAAGUGACAGUUCUCACCACAUGGUAGAAAAAUUAAAGUUUUACGGAGUACCUAUACUACAAACAGAAGGUGCGACGUCGACUGUAGUUAUGGCGAAUCAAUUAUGGAAAGGCCAAGAUUUUCAUGUUUCUCCGUUAGAUCUGUAUAUCGACUACAGACCUCCCUACUUGACUGUUUCUGAUGGAUGUAGGUUUUUUAGUCAAGGAUGAAGGUGGGGAAAGAUCUUGACUUUUUCUAAUAGUAACGUUUUAAAGACCGUUAAAACAAGUUUUUUAUCUAGUAAGACCUAGCUAACUUGUUAAUCUUUCAGACUUGGCUGAACUGUUUGACAUCUCUUUUUAUAGAGUAUAUUUGAAUAGCAUCAACUUUUUAGUUUUGUUCAACUACCUACCGUAAGUUUAUAACAUACAGUGAACUUUAUAUAACGAAUCGCUAGGGGAUUUAAAAUUUGUUUUUUAUGAAGAGGUUUUGUUAUAGAGAGGUUUAAGAUGCACUGUGUGAUGAUAGCUGGGAUUCAAAUGUUGUUCGUAAUACUGGGUUUUGUUAAGUAGAGGUUUCUUAUAUAACUUUUUUUAAUAAUUUUAAUAUAAAAAAAUUUCAGUUUGUCCCCAAAAGUGAUAGGAACUUUAUUUUACUGUUCUGCCAAGUUCCUGGACUUAUUUGAAGAUUCGACUUUUGAGAUCUAUAGACAAAUCCUGGAUGAAUUCAGAAGAGUUCGUGUAGGUUCCGUAGAACUUUCUGCCAUAUUGUUCAUUGAUUGCAUUGUAUAUGACAGACUGAAGCCGCUUUACAAGAAAGUGUUCAAAGUGAUUGACAAGAUAAAGGAACUGAACGCUGAAUAUGAUUUUUUGGUGUUCAAAGGGAAACUUAGUAUUCACUUACCAGUUGAGGUAUGUCUGAAAUAAAAUAUUUAAAAGAAUGGUAAAUUUUACUUUCAUGCAUAAUAUUUUUUGGUAGUAAGUACAUUUAAGCUUUGUCGAUCGAAUCACUUUCUGAUGGUGUCUUGACUGCUCGUGGCACCGCCUUAGCUCCUUGAACUUUUUGAGUGUAGUAUAAUAAGGUUCUACUGCACUUUUGAUUUUAAAAACGUCAAUUUCAGAACAACGACCGUGAGUACGAGUUCAUCAGAGAUUUUCGAGGAUUCUCGGAACGCCGCGACUUCCAACUCUCCCCAGAUAAAUGGAGGUUUGUGGGGUACAGUGACGACGUCAAUCUACAAGUUGUGUGCUAUUUUGAAGAGGAAGUAGUGGAAAGAUUGAGAGAUGCCGUACAAAUGCAUGAGUAA